CAGAGGAGCAUCCAAAGGAACACUUUUCCUGCCAUUGGUCAUUGGUCAUGCAGGGCGCCAACAUUUCUUGUAUGUUGUACUGCAGAUGUCACGUGUCUUUCCAUGCAAACGUGCCACGGUGUUAGUGGAGGCCACCUGCUCAUUUGUUUAUGGCAUCUCAUUAUUGUAGUGAUACGUGUCUGUGGUCAAAACGAUCACAAUGGUUUGAAUAAACUGAAUAUUGAAGAUGUGUCGAUAGUGAGGACGGCUUGACUGACAUCUCCAUCUUCCAUUCAGCACCGUUUGAUUCAUUCAGAUAAAUGUGCUUUAAUGGUGAAUAGAGAACCAUAGCGAAUGAAGACCAGGUGAUCAAGGGGGGGUGAUUGCCACUUUGUUCUGAUCAAUAGGAAAUGCAGAUCAUUACAUGUGCCCAUCGUCGGUUAUGUAACCGGUUGGGGAGCCCGUUGGGUUGGCCGAGCGGCUGACGUUACUUCGUGACGACGCGUGAAUCUCAAAGACGCACGGGGACCUCGCAGCUCCAUCAGGGAUGGAGGAGCGCUCGACAUCCAGGAGACAAGCUGAUGCUCGCCUCAGUGUGACUGAGGAGCCCGUGAUGCGUCAGGUAGGGAGACAGUCCCCCUCCGCCUUCGCGCAGCACCAGUGAGACGAGGGAUGCGGUUUAGCUCUGGUGGCGUCCGUCGCUGAGUGAGAAGCUGCCUGUUCUGACACCCGGAGGAGGAAACAUAUUGGCCGCUCUCUGCUGGAGGUAGCACUCGGGAAAGGCAGAGAGCCAUGGCGGGCGCUAAGCUGACUCCUUCUCCCUCGGAGAUCGACCCAGACGUCAAGACCGAGGUGCAGAAAACACCAGAGCCCACUUGGGUCAACCCUUCCAAUCCUCUCCGGACCAUGGGCUCUUUUGGAAGCGAUGCCGGCCAAAGGUAUCAAGAGGAGUACAGUAUGGACUCAACCAAUGCCCAGGUGCAGGUGGAGUUCUAUGUGAAUGAAAACACCUUCAAGGAGAGGCUGAAGCUUUUCUUCAUCAAAAACCAAAGGUCAAGCCUGAGAAUCCGCCUGUUCAACUUCUCGCUGAAGAUCCUCACGUGUGCCCUCUACAUACUGAGAGUCAGCCUGGAUAACCCCAAAGACGACAACCCAUGUGCAACGUGUCGGAACAGCAGUGAGACUAAUGGUACAAAUCCGACAGACAUUGACUGGAAGUUGAUUUUCUGGGUUAACAGACGGGAACCUGUAUGGGCGAUACAGGUGACAGUGGCCUUAAUCAGUUUCUUGGAGACCAUGCUAAUCACAUAUCUCAGCUACAAGGGGAACAUUUGGGAGCAGAUGUUCCAGAUAUCCUUCAUAUUGGAGAUGAUCAACACAGUGCCAUUUAUAAUCACAAUCUUCUGGAAACCGUUGAGAAACAUAUUUGUCCCUGUAUUUCUUAACUGCUGGCUAGCCAAAGGUGCCCUGGAGAACAUGAUUAAUGACUUCCAUCGUGCAAUCCAGAGGACCCACUCUGCCAUGUUCAACCAGGUGUUCAUCCUCAUCUGCACCUUACUGUGUCUGGUUUUCACUGGAGCUUGUGGGAUCCAGCAUCUAGAGAGAGCCGGGAAGCACCUGAACCUGUUUGACUCGUUCUAUUUCUGCAUCGUCACUUUCUCCACCGUGGGCUACGGAGAUGUCACACCACAAAUAUGGCCUUCUCAGCUACUGGUGGUCAUUCUCAUCUGUGUUGCCCUGGUAGUGCUCCCAUUGCAGUUUGAAGAACUAGCAUACCUGUGGAUGGAGAGCCAGAAGUUAGGAGGAAACUACAGCCGCCACCGGGCGCAGACAGAGAAGCAUGUGGUGUUGUGUGUCAGCUCGCUGAAGAUUGACCUGCUGAUGGAUUUCCUCAACGAGUUCUACGCCCACCCCAGACUACAGGACUACUAUGUGGUGAUCCUGUGUCCAACGGAGAUAGACAUUCAGGUUCGCCGUAUCCUCCAAAUCCCUCUGUGGUCCCAAAGGGUCAUCUACCUUCAAGGAUCUGCCCUCAAGGACCAGGACCUGAUGAGGGCCAAGAUGGAUGACGCAGAGGCCUGCUUCAUCCUCAGCAGCAGGAACGAAGUCGACCGAACUGCCGCUGAUCACCAGACUAUUUUGAGGGCUUGGGCUGCCAAAGACUUUGCUCCAAAUUGCCCUCUUUACGUCCAAAUUCUCAAACCAGAAAAUAAAUUCCACGUCAAGUUUGCUGAUCAUGUGGUGUGUGAAGAGGAGUUCAAGUAUGCCAUGUUGGCGCUGAACUGUGUGUGCCCGGCCACGUCGACCUUAGUCACACUCCUGGUUCACACCUCCAGAGGACAGGAGGGACAGUUGUCACCGGAGCAGUGGCAAAGGACAUACGGACGCUGCUCUGGAAACGAGGUCUACCACAUCCGCUUGUGUGACAGCAAGUUUUUUGGCGAGUAUGAUGGAAAGAGCUUCACCUACGCCUCCUUCCACGCCCAUAAGAAGUAUGGCGUGUGUUUGAUCGGAGUGAAGAGGGAGGACAACAAGAGCAUCCUCCUCAACCCAGGCCCCCGCCACAUCAUGGCCGCCACCGACACCUGCUACUACAUCAACAUCACCAAGGAGGAGAACUCCGCCUUCAUCUUCAAACAGGAAGAGAAGCACAACAAAGGCAUGCCCGUCAGCGGCCUCUACGACGCCCCCUCUAGACUGCCAGUGCACAGCAUCAUCGCUAGCAUGGUUGAUCAGGCCACUUCAUUUGGCACUGUAGCCAUAGAUCUCCAAAACCCCGAUCCGCCCGAGGAGAGUGGCAAACUGACCAUACCGACGGAGAACGGCGCUGGAAGCCGCAGGCCGAGCAUUGCUCCUGUCUUAGAGAUCGCUGACUCCUCCGCUAUUCUGCCCUGCGACCUCCUCAGCGACCAGUCAGAAGAUGAGACCAACCAAUCGGAUGAGGAGGGCUCUGUAGGAUCCGAUUUCGUGAAGGGAUACCCUCCCAACUCGCCCUACAUCGGCAGCUCUCCAACUCUGUGCCACCUCCUACCACAGAAAGCUCCAUUCUGCUGCCUUCGCCUCGACAAGGGCUGUACACAUAGCAGCUUUGAGGACGCCAAGGCAUACGGCUUCAAGAAUAAGCUGAUUAUAGUGUCUGCAGAGACGGCAGGAAACGGUCUCUACAACUUCAUCGUCCCUCUGCGUGCUUACUAUCGGCCAAGGAAGGAGCUCAACCCCAUAGUGCUGCUGCUAGACUACCCGCCAGACAAUCACUUCUUAGAGGCCAUUUGCUGCUUUCCAAUGGUUUACUUCAUGGCUGGCACUAUUGAUAACUUGGACAACCUGCUCCAGUGUGGCAUAAUCUACGCUGACAACUUGGUGGUUGUGGACAAGGAGAGCACAAUGAGCGCUGAGGAGGACUACAUGGCAGACGCCAAGACCAUCGUAAACGUCCAGACUAUGUUCAGACUGUUCCCCAGUCUCAGCAUCAUCACUGAGCUCACACACCCAUCCAACAUGAGGUUCAUGCAAUUCAGAGCCAAGGACUGCUACUCACUCGCUCUUUCCAAACUGGAGAAGAUCGAGCGUGAUAAGGGCUCCAAUUUGGCUUUCAUGUUCCGGCUGCCGUUUGCUGCAGGCAGAGUAUUCAGUAUCAGCAUGUUGGAUACACUGCUUUACCAGUCGUUCGUUAAGGACUAUAUGAUUGCUAUAGCGAGGCUUCUUCUUGGUCUAGACACCACGCCUGGCUCUGGGUAUCUUUGUGCGAUGAAGAUCACAGAGGAAGAUCUGUGGAUCAGGACUUACGGCAGACUCUUCCAGAAACUCUGUUCCUCCAGCGCUGAGAUCCCCAUAGGGAUCUACCGCACAGAGUCGCACAUGUUCUCAACCUCAGAGUUCAAGGACAGUUACCCGCAGUCUCAAAUGUCCAUCAACAUAGAGCAGGGCAUGGAGCAUCGCGAGCGCGGAGAGUCCUGGAAGGAGAAGACGGCCCACAGAAACUCCACCACGAGUGACCAGUCGGAGCACCCGCUGCUGAGGAAGAAGAGCAUGCAGUGGGCACGGCGGCUGAGCAGAAAGAGCAACAAACCGUCUAGCAGAGCGGAGCGUAUCUCGCAGCAGAGACUGAACUUGUACCGGCGCUCUGAGCGACAGGAGCUGUCUGAGCUGGUGAAGAAUCGCAUGAAACACCUUGGCCUGCCCACCGUGGGAUAUGAGGAUGUUUCUAAUCUCACUGCGAGCGAUGUCAUGAAUCGAGUAAAUCUAGGAUAUUUGCAAGAGUUGCAGGACAUUUCAGAGCACCCGUAUACAGAGGGGACCAGGCCGUCAGGGCCACAAGCAGAUGAGAUGAACGACCACCAGAACACAUUGUCCUACGUCCUCAUCAAUCCUCCUCCUGACACCAUGCUGGAGCUCAACGAUGUUGUGUACCUUAUCCGGUCCGACCCACUGGCACACAUGCCAGAGGACUCGCAAGUGGGGCAGGCCCGCACCACCAGGAACCAGCAAGAGUUUGGCACAGAGACGAGGGAUGAGACUCACCUCUGAAAUCCCCUCAGUUCUCGACACCCUGACCCUUAACGUCUAAGCCACGCCUGGGCCAACAGAGUUCAUUUGAAGAAGGCUUGUCUGGAGCCAAGAACAGCAGCCCAUAGUGAGAGUGCAGUAUAUGAGAGAGAGAAAGAGAGAGAGGGGGCUGCUGUUACCCACUGAGCUGCUACAGGAGGAUGCAUGAAGAGUGCCUCAUCAUCGACCCCGACUCCCCUCGCACAUCUACUGUACUAACACACGUCACCCUCGCAAAACAAUCUGAACCUGAGAACCAGGCACUGGAAACGGUCCUCUCCCUCCAACCAAAGGACUGAGAGGUCUGAUUAAUGUUGUGAGAGGUCUUUGGACAGUCAAAAGGAGGUUUUUGUGCACAUACUGUACCCGAUAUCAAAUCAUUAUUUCACUCAGGGGUGAAGUUGCCCUUGUGCCACGACUCAGGCCGGUUUCCUUCACGCCUGUUGCUACCUACACUCACAAAGAACUGAACCUCGGUGCAACUACACCUCUCCUCCGUCAUGUUUUUUAUGAGUAAAUGCUAUGGAUUUCUAGCAAUUCAAGCAUUUACCAUGAAAUUACAGUACAUGUGCACUUUUCUUAAUUUAUUACAAAUGUCUGUUUGUUUUUUUUGUCUCUUUCUAAUCAGAUGGGAUUUUCAGUUUCUUUAUGAGCACAAACUUUUUUACGACAUAAGUGAUUAUACACACUGUAGUGGCACCUUUUAUUGGCCAUAUUAGAUUACUCAGCAUUUCUCUCUUUGUUGUUCAGACACUGAAUUUUGUUGUGGUUAUUGGUAAAGAGUGAAUAUUGGUAAUUUAUUUCACUAUUUUAAAUGUCCCAUAUCAUGUCUGCUAUAGUGUAUGUGCCAUUAUUUUAUUUACUCACACUGCUUCGUAAAUAUCUUUGAAAUGAUUUGUAUGUUGUGCUAUUUUGCAUCUAUUUUGUGAUAUCAGUGUUGUAUCUAUAUAUAUAUUUCUUUAUUUUUGAAGUCUAACAAAUGAUUUCAUCUGGUUUUUGCUCAUCAGAGAUGUCAGCCAAUAUGCAAUGAGAUAUUUUUGUUCAGAAAUGCUAAAGAGUAUCAGUAAAUGGAGAAUAUAAAAAAAUAAUUAGACCAAGAGAUAGUCAAAUAUAUUUGUAAAAUUGCAUUCUUCAAUUAUAAUUCAUUAUAGUGUAUUAUACCUCUGAUUUCUCAAGUGUUAUAGGUUGCAUUUUUCUUCAUUGUGCAGUACAGAGAACUCUUUAAUAACCAACUUCAAAGAAAUAGUUUGAAACGAUGGCAAAUGCACUCAUUCGCUGAAGCGAAUAAGUGUGUAUUUCCGAAUUGUUUCCAUUCCUUAUCAGAAAUAUUUUCUGAUAUAUCAUUAUCAAAUUGCCACAAAUGUCAGUAUCAGCCUUCAGGAAAUCAGGCUCUAUUGUUCACAUUAAUUAAAUGUGAUUUCUGCAGUUUCAUAACUGGUAGCAGAAUUGUUUUGCACAGACUGUGACAGUCACAGUCACGUCUAUUUCUAACUCUCCUUUCCAACUUCUAAAGGCCAUAUGUUGUGUAUGAGGCGCUGUCAGUGUGAUUACUCUUUGAUUUAUCAUUCUUCAGCAGUAUGUUUUGUGCACUGACUGUAAAUAGUAAUUUUAUGGAUUCAUUGUUUGCAACAUCGCUCUUUUGUUUCAGUCUCUUCUGUGUGAAAGUGAAAGAGGACUUGAACUAUUUUUGCACUAAGCUCUUUGGGAAUGUCUAGAGCAUAACAGCAUGACCCUUUAAUCUGAAUCUGUACAACAUGGUGGACAGUAUUCAACCAGAUUCUGUGAAGCAAAGAGUUAAAUGUUCAGUAACGACAUGCAUGUCGUUGUUUUGCUUUACCUUGCCAACGUCUAAAGAGCUUAUUUCGAGUGCCGUUCCUAACUGUCAGAGAAACAUGAAAUGAUAUUUUAACGAUGAUGAAUAAUCUCAGAUGGAUUGUUUUCUCUUUGAGAUGUUUUUUUUUUUUUGAGGAAUCAGCAUACGCUUCUUUUUUUAUGUUACCGGUAUGUAAACAGUAUGUAUUUUGCUGAGAGUCCCAUUGAGAUACGCUGUUGAUCUUUGCUCAGUGGCCUCUCACAAGUGUCAGUUUACAGGGCAGGAGAGCUGAGGAGUGAAAAUGUGAGCGACCACGAUGGAUGAUACGCUCGGUGUUCAGAUCCAUUCAUUUAACAUCGUCCUAGGUCCUCACGCCUGACAAAUCACACUCCACAACAAGUUCACUUCAGAUCUCCUAUUGUCCAUACUUACAAUACCACAAGGGGCAUGUAAACACUUAAAAAGCAUGUUUUGAUAUAAAGCUUGCCAAGAACGAUAAUUUUGUACAUUUAGCAGGACAUUUAGCGUGAUGUCCCAUGGCUAGAGAAACCCAUAAUCAAGUCAACUGCUUGCAAGUUGGAGCCAUUUAUUUGAUACUGUGUAUUUAUAUGAAUGGAACAUGCAUGUUGUCUAGGUGUUAACAAAAGCCUACGUAUUAUGUUUACCUCCACUUUAUGUUUUUAAGUCAUUGUCAAAAAAGGGGUUGAUCCAUUUUGUACUAUUUCUUAUGGGAGACGAGUGUACUUCUCGACAUAAAAUAUGAACAAAUAAAUGCUGCAUGCAGCCAGAUGAAAUGUA